CCAGAGUGCAAGGACGGGGGGGACACCGAUUCACAGCCCACGAAGUGCUGCUGCGUAGGGCAGAGAACGGACCGAUUGCGUUGGUGCCGCAGCUCCCCGCGCUUCUUCCUCCCGCUGCUCCUCUCAACCUCCAAGCUAUUCCCCCUGUCUCGUACUAAAUGCCUCCUUUCUUCUCCUACACCACCCUCCCCUACCAGCUCACGGAGGGCCCUUACCCCAUGCACGAGGUCUCGGAGUAUUUGGUGGAGCUAACUGACGUGGAGCCGCUGCCCUUCGCCGACGAAGACACGUGGGAGUUGCACCGUGCGCUGUACAAGUCGGUGGCGCUGGGGAUGUUCCGGUUCUUCGUGGAUCACGAAGACCACGCUAUCGGGGAGCAGUUCGUCGUUUACUACGUCAUCGCGCGGCCCAAGCCAGCGGAGAAGGAAGGGACAGUGGCAUUGUACCCCUUCGCCCCGCUCCAGACAAUCAAUCCGGGAUUGUUGGAGCUCAUACAUCUUGAGCUCCUCUCCAUUGCGCAAGUGAUCGCGAGCGAGGAGGAGGAGAUCCAACCACGAUUGCGGACGGCGACGGCCCCGCGGAGAACGUACAACGAGGUCGUCAUCCCGGAUUACAUUGCGCAGCGCGCGGAGAGAUUGGAGGACUUCCCGGAGGAAAGGACGUUGCAUCCUCCCUCGUCGUAUCCUCGACCAGCACCACCGAAGGCCCCCAAGAAGACGCCGUAGAGGAAGAGACGCCACCCGUCGCCAGGAGCGCAAGGUAGCAGGAUCGACGGCUGCGAGGAGGUGAUUCAACCCGC